AUGUCGAACAGCACUCCUUCGCCUCCUCCAUCGCCACCGCCACCACCACCAUCACCUGCGCCACCACCGCCCACCCAGCCCAAGACGCCCCUGUCCGAACUCAACCUGGAUGUGCUCAAUAACAGCAGCAACCGUAUCGGUAAACCGAACCAUAAUGUGAUUCUUUCGUCCGGUGAAUGUGUCUGGGCGACACAGUAUCCCGAGAUACAGAAGGCCUGCUUCCUGAACCGCGUUUGCCAGUACGCACCGCCACGCGAGCUGCGCGUACAGAACGUGGAACCGAUACUGCAGAAUGGACCCACCUGUGGAUUAACAGCCCUAAGCAUGAUCUUCGAUGGGGCACCGUCAGCGACGGCAUUGCUGGAACUGGCCGUUGCCCGCGGCUACUCGAACAACGGUGAAAUGUUUAGUGCGCGCCAGCUGAACGAACUGUUCGAACAGGUGCUGGAGGAAAACCGCCAUCUGGUCGAGUAUAAACCCGUCACCCACACGCUGGUCGGUGGUUGGAUGGAUGAUCCGAACAUCCAGGUCAAGCUACGCCUCGGAGCAAUGUUUCUCGUACCCUACGACCCGGACAAGAACCAUACACCCUGCCUGAACAAAGGACACCGUGCCCAUUGGGCACUCGUGGUCGGGUAUCUCAUCGAUCAAUUUGACGACUUCUACGUGUUUGCACGCCAUGGAAAAACGAAAAACCUCGCCAUAUGGUCACUGCGGGACCUUUCCCGGAGCAAUGGUAAUCUAGUCGAGUUCUGCCAACCGGUAGGGCAUCCCAACGAAACCUUCAUCCUGCCCGAGGGCGGCAUGGGUGGAUGCAAUGGAUUGCGAUGUAAAUUCAUCAUGAUCGAACACUACAAGGCAAAGCAUGAGAUCGUACUUUGA